AGCACUAUUUUCUGGAAAUGACUAUUCUGCAAUUAUUUGCAUAUUGUUUGAAUAUGUUUUGACUAGAUACUUGCACUGUGCUUCCUCGUGUACUUAAAAUGUAUGCCUCCAGCGUGGUUGCGUUUUUAUCUUCAGCGUUACUGCUACUACAUCUUUUGGUAUCUGUUCAGUUUUCGUUCCGUGACAAUUUCUUGAUAAGUUCUGCAAGGAAUAAUGAAAGGCUUUAGGCUACCCUUUAUUUACAUGUGAUGAUAGUAGUCUUGAUUUCUCAUAUUUCAUGCUAUUCAUCGACUUCAUUACAAGUGGCGGUGUUUGCUUUCUUUAACUUCUAACAUCGAGUAUUACUGCACCAUUCCUUAUGUUCUUCAUCAUGUAGUAUUUGUUAUUACAAUCAUUCCUGGAAUGCAAUUAAUUGGCAUCGACUUUCUUAUUAGUCUUCCAUCCGGGCUUUUAAGUCUCAUUAUCGUAAUGAGACACUGUCGUCGGCAUGCGAUGUAUCAUGCAAUUAACGUUCAUCCCACCAAUUAGUGUUGCUAUCUGUCAAAUUAAGUGUUAAUUAACAGUAACUGCUCUAAUCCGCUAAUAGGGUAGUUACCGUCUAGAUAUGGGUCUGACUUUAUAAGCAAUUGAAAACCUGAUCUCUUUGUGUUGAUGAGUUUGAAUCUUGUUUCAUUGCUUUUGGGAAAUAAGUUUGAUUAACUCCACUUGGGAUUAAAACAAUUUGACCAGUCUGUUUGAUCUUAAUACAAUCUUAACAUAGGUUCGACCUCAUAUAACAGUUUCUCAUUUCUUUUGGAGACAACCUCAUCCCUGCCCCUAUGAUGGAGUAGUAUAUAUUUGAUUGUUGAUAUUUCUUGUAAUAUUGGUAACAAAUGUCCGUUGCCUUAGCUGUGUAUUGUGCUCUGGCAAUUGCAUCACUUGAUUUAAUUGAAUGUAUAAUGUAUAUAUAUUGUUUUAAUGACCUUCGAAAUCUGUUUCUUUAGGAGACAUGAGUUUGACCAACAAGGUGUUUUUGGGUGGAUUACCGGGCGACAUAUUGGCUGACGAAGUCAAAGAAGCAUUCAAAGAGUACGGAAAAAUCGAGAAUGUUGAGAUUUUGUACGACAAAGAAACGAAGAAAUGUCGAGGUUUCGGCUUCAUCACAUUCGACUCGCCCGAACCAGCUGAAAAAGUACUAGCCUUACAGCACUUCAGUAUUGCUGGAAAACUUGUCGAAGUUAAAUCUGCUAAUCCAAAAGUUGACCGAAACAAGAUGGAAGGUUCCGGACACAACCGUGGCCCUCCUCACAUGGGCGGUGGCUCUGGGAUGGGCCCAGGAGGACACCCUCCAGCCAUGCCUCCUGGUUAUCCUUAUCCUUACCCUUACCCUUACCCUCCUGGUGGUCCACAACAACAACGUCCUAGUGGCGGCGGUGGUGGUGGUGGCGGUGGUGGUGAGCACGAUAACAGAUCGCCUCCCCGCGGUGGUCCCGGUGGUAUGCCCCCUGGUAUGCCUCCAGGCGGCCAAGGUGGACACCCUGCAAUGUACAACCCUUACUACGCAAUGUACUACGCUCAGAUGGCAGGAGGUAUGCAGCACGGUAUGCCACCCGGUUACGGAAUGCCACCAGGAUAUAGCGGGUCCAGCUCGUACAGUGGAACCAGCAGACACAGGAGUAGGUCUCCAGCUAGAAGAAGCAGGAGCAGGAGUCGAUCUCCCCGACGUAGAACACCACCCAGGCAUUCUCCCAGACGAUACAGGUCUAGAUCCCGAUCCCCCCCGUAUCGUGGACACUCCCCCGCACACCGCCCUCCAUACCCCGCCCGCAGUCCUGGUGGUCGCAGCCCCUCGCCUCGCAGAGACUACCUAGCAGCCUACGGGAGCAGCAUGCCUGUGGAUUACUUGUACGGUAGACGGGAGAAGGAGCCCCGGUCCCCCAGUCCUGCUAGAAGAGCUCCCAGAUCUCCUCCAAGCAGUUACAACCCUUACUAAAUACCAGGUUGUGUUGCAGUUUGCGUAGUGUUGUAUUUGUUAACAACGAACACUCUUGAAUUGCUUGCUCUCCCCCUACAACGAUUGCCUUGCUCGACCGAAAUAACGGCCGCCCCUGAGCCGGUCCGUAAUCAGUCUUCUCUGGACUAUUUUUUUCUUGCUGGUAACACCUGCAUGGUAUUUGCACUAUGUUGCGCUUUCUACUCACCCUGAUUUUGAAGACAUUUACUCAGUGGCUAUAAAUACCCGGUUGUUUUGCACUUGCUACAAUUUUGUUUUGUAGUUUGCACAGAUUUAAUUUCAUACCCAUAUUAUAGUGUAGUUGUCCAAUGUGCUGAACGGAUUACAGAUUACAGUUUUAUUUGAACAUCAUUCAUGUAUAACUUGACUCUAUAUUUUAACAUUCUUAUACAA